UUUUUUUUGGAGCUCAACAGCCGUACUUCUCAUAAAUGUGCUCUCCUUAUAAUUUCUUCUUCCUAUCGAUGGAUUUAGCAGCGGGAGCAACUCUAGCCAAUUUCGCUUGCUGUUUCAGCUCCUCUUCUUCACCCUAUUAUCGCUUUCGUUCUUUUGAUCCUUCCGUUUUACGGAUUCCGUCUUGCUACUGCCCCAAUUCUCGACGGCAUUCUCUCAUUUGCAAUGGUAAGAAGAGGGUGUUUUCUGCCAAAUGUUCCCCAAACGAACUCAUAUUAAAGGAGGAAGAAAAAGAGGAAGUUACUGAGGAAGAUGUAGAAGAAGUUGACAAAGAAUACGAGGACGAAACAGUGGAGUUUAUCGAAGAUUUCGGAGACGAUAUGUUGGCAAAUGAUGAAACAGAUUUUGAGGAUGAGUUUCAAGUUGAUGAUGAAGAUGAUGAUGAAGAUCCCCAAGUCGGUGAUGGAGGUGGGGGAGGAGGGAUCUCACUUGCUGGAACAUGGUGGGAUAAGAAAGCAUUGGCAAUGGCAGCAGAAGUCUCGCUUUCAUUUAAUGGAGACUUGAAGAUAUAUGCAUUCAAAACCUCAGCAAAUUCUAGCAUUCGCUUGCGGAUUGAGAAGAUGACCAAUAAAUAUGGUUCUCCAACCAUGGAUGACAUUGAGGCUUUUGCUUCUGCCUAUCGGCUGUGCUUGGAUGAAGCCGAAGGUACUGGAAUGAUCCCGAAGGAUAUAUCUUUGGAGGUCUCCAAUGUAUGUGAAGUACGCAACAAUGGAUGCUGAAACUCGCACCAUUCGAGAGGCUGAUGGCAUUUUCAGCCUCAUUUCAUUCGAUCUUAAAACUGCUCAUUGCGUCUUGGGUUUAGCAGAC